AUGUCUCGGUUGAAGGAUACAGUCAAACAUUUGGCCCGUUGGUUGCCGCAUACCGGGGCGCGUUUAUACGCCAUAGUGAUAGAAAACGAAGAGACCCCCGCCGACGACCGCGAGAUGGAGAAGGUUCAAAAGAAAUUCAAAGAAGCCGGCAUGAACGUACACCUGAUACACCCCGUCCGCGAAGACCAUACCUUCGCACAGCGCUACUUCUCUCUCGUCUCCGUCAUGUACAGGAUGCGCAACGCCAAAACGCAAUGGGUCAUCACCAUUGACGACGACACUUUCUUCCCCAGCAUUCACGAACUCCUUGCCUUACUCUCCAAAUACGACGCCUCAAAGCCGUACUACCUAGGCGCACUGAGUGAAGACUGGUGGGCAGUGAACCGUUAUGGCUUAAUGGGCUUCGGCGGCGCAGGCAUCAUGAUAUCUUUGCCGCUCGCGCAAACCAUCGCAAACCACACCGAGGACUGCGAAGAGCACCUGCGGACCUCAGCAGGCGAUAUCUCGGUCAUGGAUUGCAUAUACGCGCAUUCCCUCACAAAACUCACCCAUAUCCCUUCCCUCCAUCAAGUCGACAUGCACGGCGACCUAUCCGGCUUCUACGAAUCUGGAAGAGAAUUACUUUCCCUACACCAUUGGAAGGAAUCCGUGGGGUAUAGACUGGAACUGGAUAAGAUGCAUCUCGUUGCUGAUGUAUGCGAGACCUGUUUCCUGCAACGAUGGCAAUUCCCCAAUGAUCUGGUCUUGACGAACGGGUUCUCGAUCGUGCAUUACCCGCAAGGCCACAUAAGCGGCACCAAACCCGGCGUCUUGGGAGGAGCGAUUGAGAAAGUGGAUCUCAAUGAGGUGGAGAGGACUUGGGGGGAUGAUAUUAACGUCCUUCAUAGCCUGGCGCCGACGAGAGCGAAGAUGGAGGCGGAAAGUAAGACCAGUUAUCGGUUAUUGGAUUCCCAGCUCGUGGAUGCCGGCGAUGGGGUCAAGGAUACGGUGCGGCAGGUUUAUUUUCGAAAGGGGGAGAAGGGGGUGAAUGAGGGGAGGGACACGGUUAUGCCGAGAACGCAACACGUGAAAAGGGGGUGA